GGAAACGGCAGAAACUUCGCUCAAGUUUUCCAGGCGAAGGUUUGAAGUGAAAGGUGUACGCCCAGUUAUGAUCCCCCGAUGUUGCGGGUGGUCCUGCGCCAAUUGCUAUCAUCGUGGACAUUGUCGAUGUUGCUUUGCUUCUCCUCGACACUUGAAUAAUUUCAUGUACGAUGCGAAUUCUGAUGAUGAAGCAACAGCAAUCAUGGGUUCAGAUGUCUGUUGCAACCACUGCCAAUGUCCCUUUCCAGUUGAUGCGAUAUCUUACUAUGCUCGUGAAUCGGAACAGCUACGCAAGUUGAUCGAAGAAGAGGGUUCACGAGCCGUCAAGACUAAAAUUGGCAUCGCUUUCAUCACGUUCACCACAAAAGAAGCAGCUACUCGGGUUUAUCGGUCAUAUCACAGUGGAAUUCGAUGUAAUGUGAACUUGCCAGCUUCCAGCGUAUCUACUCUCCUCCGUUCGCGCUCCUGGACGGUUGUAUAUGCCCCUACACCGAGUAACAUUAUUUGGCAAAACCUCGCUAUUUCCCGAACCGUUUGGUGGGUUCGUGCAGUCGCAGUAAACUUAUUUGUGUUUAUCGUCGUUUUCUUCCUCACGACGCCUACUUAUGUUUUAAACUUGGUGAACAAGCUGCGGUUGACCGAACGAUUGCAGAUCAACGUGAGUUCAUGCGUACCAUUUUGUGAUCGGCUUCUUAAUCUCCUUGGACCCUUUUGUUAUACAGUUCAUCCCAUCAAUCAUUCUGUGGUCCGUCUCUGCCUUGUUACCUCUGCUGGUGUACAAUUCGGAUCGCCUCGUGGGUCAUUGGACGCGAUCUACUUUACAUUUGACAGUAAUGACGAAGACCUUCAUUUUGCUUAUACUGAUGGUUUUAGUGCUACCUUCGCUGGGCUUGACAUCUCCAGUGAUGUCCCAGUGACGGAUCCUUUGGAAAGGGUUAAUGCAUCCCCGAAAGCUAGGAAGAUGAAUUCAAGUCUGGGUGAUGGUGCGAAAAAUACGCAGCUACGAGCGGGGCCGAGAUGGGUCAAGAGCUUCCCCUGUCCAGGCUUGGGUAGCCUGGCAGUAUCCCAGUCCUCGUACUUCCUUCUGGUGGCAUGGCAGCCAAACACCGAAGGGGUGCUACAGCUGAACGACUUUUUUUACGAGCGGUUUAAUCUCCAUGUGUCGCUUCCUCUGCACAGAAUCCCAGCUCUGCUACAAUGGUUAUUUCCUGAAAUGCGCUGGGUACCGCUUCAACCAGCGGAUCAAAACGGCCCUCCACAAACACCCCGUUUUAAUUUACCUUCUGCUGUUCUUUCAACACCGCGCUAUUUAUUCACCUCUAUGAUCCAUCCGACUGCUACUCCACCAAUUACGUCUCCAUGGAUCCCCCUUGGACCUCAGUCGUUUCAAUGGGAGUGCGUGUUUAUGCCCGACAAUGGCGCCUUCUUUGUGAACUAUGUGAUCACUUCAGCAUUCUUCGGAACAGCGCUUCAACUCGCUCGGCUGCCAGAAUUAUUUCUUUACGCUUGCCGGAUUAUGUGCGUGAGAUCUCAAGCGGAAAAAGCGAGUGUGCGCAAGGCUAGCCAAUGGGAAUUUGACUUUGGCCUCUACUACGCUUGGACCCUCUGCGUGUUUGCAGUCGUCUCGGCCUACAGCAUUUUGUGUCCUCUGAUAACCCCAUUCGAAAGGACAAGCUUCUUUGGAACCGCGAACGCUCAUCGACUAAAAAUACUAAGUAAUCCCCCAGUUAUAACACCCUUUCGGUGCCUAGUUGUCAUGCCACUUGAAGGAAGCACGAGGGCUUAUAUACUGCCAGGUUGCCCAAGCCAAGAGAGGAACGGUCGAAAUGUGCUGAUGUUGAGUUCGAACCACGGACCUUGGGGACUGAUCUACUUGAUCUUCAAAUAUCUAGUGGACCGCCAUAAUCUGUUCUACGCUUAUUUACCGAGCCGUAUCGACUCUCGAAUUCACUGGCUUGCGAUAAACUUCAUGCUCGCAGCCGUCUUACUGCUGCAGCUAAAUUUGUUCAUGUUCAUCGCAAUCCGUCUUGGCGCGAUUGGCAAUCCUCUAAGCAUUACUGCGCUUGCCGGCUUGAUUCUUUCUGGUUUUCUGUGGAUUACCACCAUCGUCACUGGCUGGGUAUUUGUUGGCUCAUCGGCCACCCGUUUUCGACGCACCUCUACCGUCCGCUCUAGUAGCCCGGUCGAUACUGACUCCGGAGAGUUGGUGGGAACGUCAUUUCGGACUGGGACGACCAUGCGAGUGACGGAUGAAUAUUAUGCCGCUGUUGAUCGCACCGAGCAACUUGACUUAGACCCACCAAUGCCGACCGAAGGCCCUGUAAAUUGUCCCAUCUCACCCACAAGUGUAUACAGUUAUCGACAUCACGAAACCUCUCAAGACCUGAUUGGAACUGGAAGCGGGGUGGGGCACUUCGUGUCCUUACGAACAUCAUCCCCGGUUGAGCUGACUUUGGCCGUGCAGCCACCAUUCAUUGCUCCUGUCUUGCGUAACGUGACGGAACCACUUCAGUCCAAUCUCUUUGCGCUUCACGAUGGUCACUCACAAAUCAAUGCAGGCACAAUCAACUCGUCAGCUCACGGCGACAACCCAUAUGAUGCGAAUAUUAGUAUACACCGUAGGUUGCUCCUGAUGGUACUCAAGGAAAAAAAUUCGUUAAACUGUAGCACCCUUUCGGUGCCUAGCUGCUAUGCCACCAGAAGGAAGCACGAGGGCUGGGAUACUGCCAGGUUGCACAAGCUUAGACAGAAGUCGAACCACGGACCUUCCGGUCAGCUGAUUCGCGCCCCAACCACUUG